AGGACGUGGCACGAGCCGCGAUACGGUUCGCUUGACGUCGCGUUGUUACAUAAAUUUAACAUUCGCUCGCCACAGUUUUUACCGUUUCAUAACAAUUAACAACAAUUUAUUGUGCAUUUCUAAAUCAUUCCCUACUGUUGUAAUUAUUAAUUAUUGUAUCGAAUAAAAGUGAAAAGUCAUUUUGUGUGCAGUCGAUUUACAUAAGGGACUGCAAAUAUAAAUGAUUGUUUUGUAAAAAAAAAGUGUAAAUAUCACGUUCAAAAUUGAGCGUUUUAGUGUUACAAAUGGUACUGGGGAUGUGAGGGGUGCGAUGGAUGCGAUGAUCAACGUGUGGACGGUGGUGGAGAAUGUCCGCGUGGCCAGCAGUGCCGCGGAGGUGGCCAUCUUCACUGCCGUGCUCUACUGGUUCUUCACUUCGAGCCGUGUAGCUGACAUGCUGGAGGUGGUGGGGGAGCGGGUGGGGGGGUGGUGUGGCCGGGACUCGAGCUCGCUGAGGCAGGCGGUGCGCGCGCGCAGGCGACACAACGCGGAUGUGUACGCUAAGCUAGACGCAGAGAUCACUACGAGGACGUCGUCGCUUUAUCGACUCAAGGAAGAGCCGCAGGUGCCGGCGCCGCAGCCCGACCGACGGCCGCCAGCUGGACUGGCGUGCUCUAGGUGUGCGCCUUUGUCAAGGGACUCAUGGAAGGAACCAAAGUCCGAAGAAUCUGGUGCGGUCAUCAAUAUAUUGGACAUUGGCCGCCAGACAUUUGCCAAUGGCGGCGUGGUGGCCAGGUAUCUGUGCGACUUGGCGCAUUGCAUACACCUCGUCAAGUAUGACUUCAAGGAUGUUGUGCCUAGUGUGGUGAAUGACGAGCGUUUCCAGCGCGCGAUAGAAGACACAACACAGGAGGAGAUAAAGAAGACAGUGAAUGGCACUCACCGGGCGGAGGACACGUACACCGCCGCCCGGCGCCGCAUCGAGGCGCGCGCCAUGAAGGUGCUCGCCAACAUAUCCUCGGCCAUGUCCACGCACGUGCUGCGGCUGGUGGCGUGGGUGUGCCACAAGGCGGUGCGGCGCAUCGCGGGCGGCGGCUGCGGCACGCGCGCAGCUUGCGUGGAGCGCCUGCGCCGCGCGCGCGCCGCCGGCCUGCCGCUAGUCUUUGUCCCGCUGCACCGCUCGCACUUCGACUACAUCCUCGUCACCUUCACGCUGUACCUCACCGGCCUGCGCCCGCCGCUCGUCGCCGCGGGGGACAACAUGCGGAUACCUUUCUUUGGAUGGUUUUUACGCGGGUGCGGAGCAUUCUUCAUCAGACGACGAGUGGACGGCUCGGAGUAUCACGGAGACCCUGUUUAUAAAUCCGCUCUUAGGGCAUAUAUCCUGAACAGUUUGGCAGCUAAUAAUAAUCUAGAAUUCUUUAUCGAAGGAGGCCGUACUAGAACUGGAAAACCGCAGUUACCCAAAGCGGGCAUCCUCUCUGUGAUAAUGGACGCGUACCAUGACGGCACGAUAGACGACGCGCUGCUCGUGCCCGUCACGCUCAACUACGACAGGCUGGUGGACGGCAACUUCGUGCGCGAGCAGCUGGGCAUGCCCAAGCAGAUGGAGACCUUCUGGUCCGCGCUCCGGGGCAUAUGGAGGACACUCAACACCAACCACGGCAGCAUACGCGUGGACUUCAACCAGCCUAUAUCGCUGAAGGAAUUAGUGACGUCAUUCCAAAAAUACAACUACCUGAAAGCGCCAAUCGAGAGGCCGCUAACACCUCCCAACAACAACCUGGCGGUGAACCUGGACAGGCAGAUCCUGUACAACCACAGCCACAGCAGCCUGUUCGGAGCCGACGUCAGCACCGACCAGAAGAUGAUGGUGGAAGCUAUCGGCAGGCAUCUUGUCUAUGAUGCUGCUCAGUCGACAGCGCUGAUGUGCACGAACGUGGUGUCGUACGUGCUGCUGACGGAGCAGCGGCGCGGCUGCAGCGUGUCGCAGCUGCAGCGCUGCGUGCGCGCGCGCGGUGACGCGCUCAGGCUGGCCGGCCGCGACCUCGGCUACACGGGCGAGGAGCAUCUAGUCAUCAGGCGAGCUUUAGAAAUGCUGGGCAGCUCUUUGGUACGCGUGGAAGGCAGCGGCGCCAACCGCACGGUGCGCGCGCACGCGUCCGUGCCCGCCGCGCUGGAGCUGUCGUACUACUCCAACGCGCUGGUCGCGCACUACGCCGCGCCCGCCAUAUUGGCGACUGCGUUAGAAAGUAUAGUGUGCACGCAGGGUGCGGAUGAGGAUUCUGUGCGGCACUCCGAGCUGAUGGAGGCGGCGCUGCAGCUGAGCGAGAUCCUCAGCCAGGAGUUCAUCCUGUGCGCGCCCUGCACCAGGAUCGAGGAGCGGCUGCAGCAGGCGCUCGACGAGCUGAUCGCGCAGGACGUACUCGCCGACACACGGACCCCAGACGCGUUAGAGGAGCAGCGCUGGUCGCGGCGCAUCGCGCGGACCUUCGACGACGAGGAUGACGAGGAGCGACCCGACCCCACGCGCUACAUCAAGUACAAACUGUCCAAGAGCCCGGAGGCGUUAGCUGAGCGUCGUCGACUAGUACAAACGAUUAGGCCACUGCUGGAGGGUUACGCGGCGACGUGCAGAUGUGUCCGCGACGCCACGCAAAAGGAGGUGGUGGGCGCCGCACUCGACUCGCUACUGGAAAGUUUUGCACAGAACAAAAUGGUUUACGGUGAAGCCGUAUCCACGGACGCGAUACGGAACUGCCUGCGACUCCUGCGCCAGUGGGGCGUCAUAGAGAUGUACACAGACAAGAGGGAGCGCAUGAUCCGAGUGAGCGCGCCCUACGACAACCAGCGCAGCAUGGACGAGGUGUGCGCGAACAUUUACAAGUUCAACAUGGCCACGCCCGUGCUGUGAAUGUGACCAAAGUGUGACCAAAUAUGUGAUGUGAAGUGACUAGUGUUCAGUGGCGUGCAUAGUGCUUGUAACUAGGGUAAAUACUUAGUUAUAAACAUUGGUUAAGAUUUACUUCAAAGUGAAGUGAAGCAAGAGAGCCGUGAUAGCCCAGUGGAUAUGACCUCUGCCUCCGAUUACGGAGGGUCUAGGUUCGAAUCCGCUCCGGGGCAUACACCUCCAACUUUUCAGUUACUAGGAACUAGGAAAUUAAAUAUCACGUAUCUCAAACGGUGAAGAAAAGUAUCAUGAGGAAACCUGCAUACCUGAGAAUUUACUAACCCCUCUCAUUCUGAGAGGAGACUCGAGCUCAGCAGUGAGCCGAAUACUGGUUAAUGAUAAUGGUGAAAGUGAAUCAGGAGUUUUGCGGGAAAAUCGUUGAAAUCGCAUGUAUUGAAAUGCUGCAUUUUAGAGUUUUAUUGCAUAAAUUAAAAUGCAUUGUAUUCAAUAUAAUUCUGUGAAAGUGCACAAGUGUGAAAGUGAAGUGCACAAGUGUGAAAGUGAAUUGGAGGUUGAACAAGAAUGUUUUAAGUGAUGAUUUCGAUUUUCUCGGUGGACUCUCAGAAGUUUUAGUAUGGUUGCAUUCGCCUUACUAAACUGGGCUAUCACAGCUUUUGUUUAGAUUUAGGAUUAAUUUCACUUUGAAUUAAAGUCCGGCUGCUCAGCGUUUCUGACAUCUGUCAAUGUCAACGAGAGAGAUAAUGUCAAUGUAAAUGAUAUAUUUAAAUGUCUCAUAUUAAUUUUAACAUUUAAACUAUCGUAUUUCAUAUUAAUUUAUUAUAAAACUUGCGUGAAACGUCUGAGUACACCUGACUAUUUUGGAAUCCAUACGGGGUCUUUAGUCAUGAGCUGAUUCUUGCAACGUCAGUCAGUUUGGGUCGUGCUGCGUUGUGUUGUUAAUAAAUUAAUAUCUUAUAUCAAGUAAUUUACAUUAAAAAUUGAAUAACUAUGCCAAGAUACAAUAAAUGUAUUUUUUUGGGCUAAAAUUAUUAACAAAUACAAUAAAGGUGACAUUGACAGAUGUCAGAAAAGCAAUCCCUGUGGGGCCGGACUUUAGUUUUAUGAUUAAAUCUUAAUCAAUGUUUAUAAAAUAUGGCUGUAUACGUACAAACUGUACAAAAUUUAUUUUUCUGACAGUAAUGAGUAUGUAAUGAGUCAGGGUAAGCAGUGCAUUUUUGUGUGUACGAAGUGCACGUCACUGUUAGUGUUAGUGUUAAGUGUUUAGUGUGGGUAAAUGUAUGUACUAUGCUGCGAUAGCCAGACCUACCUCGUUUAAUAGGGAUGAUGACAGUUUUUUUUUUUAUAAUUGUAAAUUAAUUAAGAGUGAUAAUAGUAAAGCAAUUUUGUAAAAGUAACAGGGUAUCUGCGAUCAUUACUUUCGGAGAUAUAGGGAUUUAAAGAGAUCACGGAUCGCUAUAAAAGGCAUCAUAGUAAACUGCACGAAGGAAUGACGUCAUCGCUUGAAGAGUUCGUUAGAUUUGUGUGGGUGUUGAAACAAAAUUACAAAUGUCUUUGUUAUUUGUGCGUUAUGUAUUUUUUUUUAUUUUUUCAGACGUCAGAAACGCUACCGUCUAUUUUGUGACGUCACGAUGUUAUUUGAUGCCACUAAAUGAAUAAACGUCAAACUUAAAAAUUAAUAACUAAUAUUUUUUUCAAACACUACCGUUUGGUUAAAGUUUAGUGUUACUUAAAGUCUGUAGGCUUUCGUGACGUCAUGAAACAGAUAAAAUAUAGACCAUCAUGGCCGACAGAGUUUGGGCUCGUAUUAUCAAUAAAUAUUAGAAAAAUUUAAAUUUUUAUGUCUCUAGAAAUAUGAUAAUUUUUUUCAAUCUAGUAGAACAAUAAUGUACAAUUUAAGGCCAUUUAAAAAAAGUGUCAACUAGACUAUUGACCAUACUUACUUAUUUAUUUAUUUAUUUAUAUACAUGACAUGUGCCCAGAGAAACAUUACAGUUUCCCAAUUCGUUUCUCGAGCAAUCAGGAAAUGGUAUGGUAUGGAAUGGUGUGUAGGUGCAUGAGCAGGAAACUUUCACUCUUCACAUAAUGAGGCAUGUCUGGCUAUUGCAAGCUAUUGUUGUAGCGGUACUAUUAUGUAUAAAUUAUUUUUAUCUCACCACUUUAUAAACAAAUCUAUACCGGGAAGUCAGUUAGUUUUGAAUGUAGUGGUAGAUACAGACCAAACGUGAUUAUUUUUUUUUAAAAGAAUACUUGCCAUAUCUUUCAAACUCCAUGAACCCCUGACAGCGAACCCCUGACAGCGAACCUCUUACUAACUAAUGAAACCCGGGGGGGUUAGGUUAGGUUAAAAAAAAAAUAAUUUGACUGUUGAAGAAAAUAAGGUUUUUAUUUGAAUAAAAGGUAACAUAAAGUACCAAAAUAAAUAUCUUUGUAAUAUUAAUGUUAUGGGUGUGCUUGUUUCUUGUUGCAAUUUGGAUUUAAUCUUAAUUACAUUGAUGAGUUCCUUAAUAAUAUAGAUGCUUGGAGGCCGUUGGAUCAGCUUCCACCUUCACACAGGAAGUAAAACUAUAACAAAUUGUAAUGUUGUCAUCAAUUGUAAAUUACAAUGUUGUAUGAUUUUUAAAAAGAGCAACUGUUGAGUUUCUUGCCGGUUUCUUCUCAGCAGAACCUGCCUUUCGAAACGGUGGUGAAAUCUUUGCAAAUAGUCAACUGACGUGUCAAAAGUGCUUGUAAACUGAGCCUAUUUGAAAUAAAUGAUUUUUGAUUUUGAUUUUUUGAUAAUUCUCACUUGGUAUCAGUUAUCAAGCCACCCAUACGUAAAUCUUGUCGCGAACCCCCUGCCGUCGAAUAACGAACCCCAGUACCCCACUUUGAUAAACCUUGCAAUAGACCAACGGGGAUCGAACCACCACCCCUCAGUGAUGAGAUGAGAUGAGAUUUUGUUGUUUGUGUGUGUCAUCUUGUAAUAUCUGUACCACUACAUUCAAAACAUAACAGGCUUCCAAAAAUAGAAUCAUAAAUGACACAGAUACUUGUUUCUGUACAUAAAAAAGGAGUGACUGAAAAAAAAAUGUUUUUUUUUUUUAAUUAAACUAUAGUCAUAAGUUGCUAAUAUACUGAAAUACAAAACGGCUACGAGUUAGUUAUCUGAGUGUGUCUGCCAGAUAUCAAACACAUACGGGACCCUUAGUCAUGAGCUUUGUCAUCUAAACUCAAAUCAGUUUCAUUAGCCAGUUUUCUAUAUCAAUAUUUCGUUCAUUCAUAGACUUGAUUUGAAACGUCAUCAGAGAACAUUUGAGUUUAAUAUAGUCAAAUUGGCCUAUAAAGGAGUAGUGAAUAUAAGUAGGCGUUCAUUUUUGAAAGUUCAUUGUGAUCAGUGAAUAGUUAUUUUAUUUUGUUUUCCUAAGCUAAUCAAUAACUUACGAAUAUCCAAAAACAGUUCUAAGGAGUGUUUUUCUCUACUAUAUUUAAUUGCGAAGGCUUUGUAGCAAAAUAAAUCUACUAUUCACUGAAAAAUUUUAAAAACCACUUUUUUAUAGAAAAAAAAAUAUGACUUCGGCCGCUUGGGGCUGUAUUUAAAGAUUCCUAAAAUUAAAAAAGUAAAAAUUUAAAAGGUUGUUAGUUUAUUUAAUGGAGUUUCAAUUGACGCGGGACGUCUUUAUAAGUUAAAAUAUAGCCUACAGCCAUUGACCUCUUAUAAUAAAAGGACGCACAAUAAUGUAGAAAAUUUCAUUUAAAAACAGGCCAAUUCUGCUUUGACAGUUUUAGAAUUAUUGGUAAAGAAAAUGAUACCUAAAGGCCUUUAAAUAUGGUCCAAUAUUCAAUAAAAUCCCAAAUUCAGAGCAAAUUCAAUCUUAAGAGGUUAAAUUUGCAACUGCGACUAUUUGAAUUGAAUGCCAAGAAGUUCUAAUUGGCACUCAUUGAGUGGGGACGUUUUUUGGUUGCUGAUUGUGCAUCCACUUUUUAAUAGGAUAUCGAUGCCUACAGCACUCGGGGAUAGUGUAGCUUCAAAAAAGUGAAAGAUUUUUUCUAAUUGAUUCAGUAGUUUCAGAGCUUCUUCAAUGCAAACAAACAAUCAAUCAAAACUUUCCUAUUUAUAAUAUUGUUUAUAGAUAGAUGGUUGUUUCGCGGAGCGGGUCGAAUCGUGAACUGAUUACGUUUCUAUAUAUUUGUAUGGCUUAUAUUUAUCUAGAUACCGCUUAUGCAUUCUAUAGUAUCCAAUGGUGUAAUUUUUUUGUUUUAAUCAAUCUGUUCUGGCAAGUAUGUUUGGCUUUGGAAUGUAGUACACAGGCCAAGUAUGUUUGUGUAUAUAAACUGAAAGUUUGUUUCGUUGAAGAACGUUCGUUUAGUUUUAUACACAAACUAGCUGACGCCGCGCGGUUUUACCCGUGUGGUACUCGUUCCCGUAGGAAUACGGGGAUAAUGCCUUCUCGAUAAAUGAGCUAUCUAACACUGAAAGUAUUAUUUCAAAUCAGACCAGUAGUUCCUGAGAUUAGCGCGUUCAAGCAAACAAAAAAACUAACUCUUCAGCUUUAUAAUAUUAGUAUAGAUGCAUGGUCUGUCUGUCUGUCUGUCACAGUACAGACGUACUGUGGUGGUUUGUACACACCUGCAUCCAAAAUCAAGCAAGUAGACUUCCAAAAGUAAGCACAGUGUACCAACAAUGACGCUCUAGACUAGAUAAAUAUAGAUCCGUGAUUGGCCUUAUCUUUUAUAUGUUGUUUUUAACUUUGGCCUGUGUUUCUUUUAUACAUACAAAGGAGAUGGUCCAUUUCAGGUCCACUCAUGUACCCUGUAUCAUUAAAAUUUAAAAAAUACAGGGUAUUUGUAUAAGUAAGUGAAUAAAUGUAACUAUAUAAAAAGAAUUAAAUAAAAUUAAAACCCAAGUUUUUGAGAUAUAGCAAGAGUGCGCCCCUAAAGCAACUGUGACAUGACAUUUGACAGCAAACAUCAAAACGACUAUUGCGUUGAAAACGUCAUCAAACCGCUAUUGUUACUCAUAUUAGUGUCGCAUUUCUUUGGAGAAUGAAUAUUAUUUCGGAAGAAUUAAAGUAAAUUCGUAGAUUUGUAUAAUAAAAAAUAGUUAAAAAAAAUAUUUUCUUUUCUUUCCGCCAGGGUACAAUGACUGAUCCUGGGCUCCAUACAAUGUUGGACCAUCUCCUUUGCAAAAUAUUAAAAAAUAGGAAUUUUAGUUUUCCAAGUCCAAAAGUCCAGAAUAGUAAAAUAAGACUGUGGCAAAUAGGCGCUUGACAUAAAUCUUUCAGAACGCUUUGAUGAAUAUCUUGCGGUGUCUAGUUAAAUAUAAGUGUUGUAUGGACUGUAUGAAUAUUUUGCGUUGUUGACUAAAGUAUAGGGCAUUGUCUAAAUGAGUACUUUUCAAUUCAAUUAAAAGGAAAAAUGUUUGAAUAAAUAUUAUUUUUUGACUAUAACAGUACUGUAGAUGUAUACAAUACUCGUACUUACCGUAUUUGUUUGCUGAUUUUAUACUUCCACUAGCGGACGCCCGCGACUCCGUCCGCGUGAAACCUUACUACUACCCCUGCCCUACCCCUACCCUACCCUUACUCUACCCCCUACCCUACCACGCGACGGCGACGGAAGCUUAAAAAAUAACCUGCCCAGAAGUAUGUAGAAUAAUUGUACCAAGUUUCGUUAAAAUCCGUCUAGUAGUUUUUGUUUCUAUAAAGAACAUACAGACAGACAGACAGACAGACAGACAGACAGACAAAAAUUUUACUGAUUGCAUUUUUGGCAUCAGUAUCGAUCACUAAUCACCCCCUGAUAGUUAUUUUGGAAAUAUAUUUCAUGUACAGAAUUGACCUCUCUACAGAUUUAUUAUAAGUAUAGAUUUUAAUAUAUUUAUUUAACAAUACGAGCUUUAAAAUAAUUGUUCUAACAUACAGCACUAAUGCUUUAUGAUACCUUAAUAUAUGUCGUCAUCAACCCAUAUUCGGCUCACUGCUGAGCUCGAGUCUCCUCUCAGGUUAGGCCAAUAGUCCACCACGCUGGCCCAAUGCGGAUUGGCAGUCUUCACGCACGCAGAGAAUCAAGAUAAUUCGGUAUGCAGGUUUCCUCACGAUGUUUUCCUUCACUGUUUGAGACACGUGAUAUUUAAUUUCUCAAAAUGCACACAACUGAAAAGUUGGAGGUGCAUGCCCCGGACCGGAUUCGAACCCACACCCUCCGGAAUCGGAGGCAGAGGUCAUAUCCACUGGGCUAUCAGGGCUCUAAUAUAUGUAAUCUAUACUAAUAUUAUAAAGCUGAAGAGUUUGUUUGUUUGAUUGAACGCGCUAAUCUCAGGAACUACCGGUCCGAUUUGAAAAAUUCUCUUCAUUGUUAGAUAGCCCAUUUAGCGAGGAAGGCUAUACGCCAUAUUUUAUCCCUGUAUUCCUACGGGAACGCGAACCACGCGGAUGAAACCGCGCGGUUAUACUAUAUGUGAUACUUUAAACAUAUCUAGUAUAAUAAAAAAAAAAAGAAAAAAGUCGAUGGUUUCAUAUUAAUUGGUUCCUAGUUUAAAUAGACUUAAUCAUAAGGCCAAAAAUACACUAGUAAAUAUACCAAAAUUAUAGUCUGACAAAUUCGUUGAUAACACUCCUAUGAUAUGCGGGCGACAGGGGGAAAGACUGUCAAAUUGUGCGUGCGGGGAAGUCGUGGGUUUUUCAUUCAUCGCUACACGCGAUGGGGGGGGGGGACUGUGCGGGUGUGAGGUCGUGCGCGGAGGGCAGUGGGGAGGACUGCACGGGUAUGAAGUCGUGCGCGCGCGGCAUUACUACCCCCUCCCGGCCUGCGCGGACUAUCAGGAGAGUUAUGAUGUUAAAUUUUAUUUAUUUAACCCCGCUCCGCUUACCGGUUUCAUAUGAAUUUUUAACACGUUCGCUGCGACACGAGGUCAAUUGACCAGGUACGUCUAGCUUCUUCAAGAGUUACGAGGUCGAUGGACCCCAUACCGCACCAUAGUUUUAGUACGAGGUCAAAAAACCUCGUGCCUCACCAGAGGAAAGUACAGAAAUAUCAGUGCCGCAACGAACGUUUUAAACUAGCUUGCACUUAUGAGGAGCAGUUUUUGAGCAAUCCUAUUGGUAAAUAUUUCUCCGCUUCCUCGCUCCCUUCGGUGGACUGGCAGCCUAAAGUGCAUGCUAACAAGGUAAAUAUUCAUAAUUAUUUUUAAGCGUCUUCCAAAAAGGACGAGGUUCUAUGUUCGGCUGUAUGUAUGUUUUUUUUUACGUCCAUCUGCCAACUUUCUGAUGGGAUUUUUUACGUGACAUGUACAUGAUGUGUAUUUGUAAAGUUAUCUAUUUAGUUUAAGUCAGAAGCUGGAGAGAAUGUCAAGUUUAUUUGUUAAUAAGAGAUGUGAAGAAUAAAAUUAUUUGGAUUUGCA